AAUGCAGCUGUGAGAGGAAGCCACCUACCUCACUCUGGAGCUUGCCUUUUCGGUCCGGGAGGCUCCGUCCACUUCUUUUGACUCAGUCGACGUAAGGACGGAGUGAGAGGGGGAAGGACGCAGAAUGGCGGCCGUGCCGUGCUCCAAGUGCACGGCAGAAAGAAAGGGCUUUCGGCGGGAACUUGACUCUUGGCGCUACAAGCUGAUCCACUGCGUCGGGUUUGAAAGCAUUCUGGAGGGAAUAUAUGGUUCUAUGCUGGCAAGAGACCUUAACUUAUUUGAUGACUGUGAACCCGAAGAGGUGGUUGACUGGUCUCCAGAGGCAAACUGCUCUCACUGCUCAUUCUGUAACGUUCCUCUGGACAAACUCAGUGAUCUAGCACCUGCCACCACAUCGCCCCUCUCCUCCCCCUCCGAAUUCUCUCCAUGUCAAGCUCCAACCAUCUCUGAGAGCAGCCACACAGCUCACAAGUUCCUUCAAGCUGUGUUCCACAAAAAAGAUGCGUCUCCAUGCUGUGAUGCCAAUAUUCCUCGCAUUGCCGAGGAGCUUAUGAAGAAGAUGAUACACCAGUUCGCCAAGGAGUAUGCAUCCAAGUGCCUACUCCACACCAUUUCAAUGGAUGUAACAACAAGGACCUCCUCGCCUUUUUCUGAAACAUCAGAUGCCCCCUUGGACCUAACCGUAAGCCGAAGCCCAGAAGAAUCAGAAAAGGAAUCUGGUACAGCAGAUGUUGUGCUCGACCUCUCCAAAAAAAGCGGCGGCAGCCCCUCAACUUCAUCAACAUUGUCAUCUAACAUCCAAGCCUCAGGCUGCCCAUCUACUACAGAAAAAGAAGACUCAAGAGAUCUAGAGCAGAGGAAGUGCCACCAGCAAUCUGCACUGGAUGUUGUCCUUAGCUCUCUCUGCCCAGCACAUUGUUCCUUACUCUACCAGAUGCUGAAGUUGGCACACACGGAAAAAUUGCUCCCCUCCCCUGCCCACAAACAAGUUGAUCCAACAGAAGCUCACAAGUGUCAUUGUGAAUUACAAGCAGAUGACAUCCUUAAUGACCGUAAAGCACUUACCAGCAGCAGUUCAACAUACCCUUUGUCUGAUUGUGGUCAUCAAGGCUGUGGAAGCACAGCCUGCCAUCCGAGCAACUUACCUUUAAAAGGCUGUGAAAGCGUAGCUCCUUCGAACCUAAACAACAUCUGUAUGCAAACUUGUAGGAUACAUACCAACACUCCAAUUUGUCCUGAGAGGCUCCACUGUACUUCUAACCAAAGGCCGCCUGCCGAUCCCAUCGACACUUUGAUGUGUUCAUUUGGUCCUUGCUCUUCAGUCCACUGCAAGCACUCUUGUUUAUGUGCUAGGAACCACACAUGUGUGACCCAUCCUAAGAAAACAAGAGGAGAUUGUGAGCUCCCUCCUGUCCUGAAUAGAGAGCAUAGCCCUUCUCCUCCACCCCUUUUGCCAAUUGAUAAAUUAACCAAUGAAAUGCCACCUUCCUUGCUUCACCAUAAUCAAGAAGGGGAAUGUGCCCAAAUGAUUAAGAAGUUAAAAGUAGACGCAACAAAAACAGUGGAGCAUGAAUCUUUGCCUCCAAGAAAUAGUCAAGCUGCAGAGAACCCAAGUGGGAGUUUAUUGCAGGAUGUGGUGAACCGCUUCACUGAGAAACUCGAUACCAUCAGACCCCCAGAGAAAGACCCAGCUCUGCACUCGUCACCUAUUGAUGUUCCUGAACAGGAGCACCUACAGUCCUCCUUAACCAGCCAGAACUUGAAAUUUCCUGCUGAUGCCCUUCUGACUGAAAUUAUUACCACUGUGCUACAUACACGGAGUGCCAGUGACUAUAACCUCAGCGAGCUGUUUCAUCGCCAAUAUACCAACGAUCCCAAAUCGCCUAAUACGCGCUUGCGUCGUCGCCAGGAAGUGCUUGCUGCUCUGGCGACACCUGCCGAUGGUGCUUCGACUCGAAGGCAAAGCUUGCAAAUUAAACGAGAGCUUGCAAUGUUUAACUUGCCAUACAAGAGAAAGUCAUCACGAGCAAAGAGAUCACAAUUGAAAGAAAGUAAUGAAGCUGUAAAUACAUGUAGCACUUUGUUGGACUCGAACGUGAUGCCAGAAGAGGAAAGAGAACCCGAGUUAGAUAUGGACUAUCAAGGAGUUAUGGGGGCACGGCUGAACAUUAUUACUCCGGAAAGUAACAUAAAUGAAGUAAAAGAUGAUGAAACUGAGGGAAUUGAGAAAAAAGAAGCAUCCAUAGAAGAAAAAGACCCAAACCAAACAAUGUCCCAUGACCAGCAAAGCAAAUUAUGCAACCAUUCUCAAGUAGACAAUGAGCAAUCACAGGUGAGAACUCAGUGUGACACACAUUGCCAAACGGACAAGGUUACUGCAAUAUACGAUGCCAUGAUUCUUGAAAAUGCCUCAUCAAGUCAAGGCCGUGGCACUGAUGAUUAUGAAAAUGGACCAGUUGAAGAUCAAAGCCAUACAACUGUAACUGACAGUCAGCAAAGUCAAAAAUCCUCCCCCAGUGACUCAAGGAGAUCACGGAGGAACAUUGUGCCUCCGCAACGAUUCUCCUCUUACGUCACAGAAACCAGGAAGAUGCUCUUUGCAGCUUGUUUCUCUGAAAGUAUAUUCAACCAGAGAGCAAAUAACAAAAAUAUUGUCACAUCUACAACCUCAGAUGCCUUAUUGAAAAAACUUGAUGUUAAUGAUGUUCAUGUUGAAUCAAACACCAAAACGUCUAAUCUCCCUGACACGUCUACAUCAAUCAGUAGAGAAAGACACAGUUCAUCUCAUACAGAAUCAAGCGAGCAAAACGAGGAUGUGCGACAAACUGUCGCAGUUAAAAAGAUGGCGUCCAUUGCUAAACCUUCAGAAGAAACACAACCAUAUCCAAAAAGACAAUCAGUGGAAAAUACUGCAUCAAGAAGGCUCCAAUACCCAAAUGUUGGGGUUACUACCAGGUCUGCCGCCUGUGAUCAGAAUUCUUGCACCUCUCCAGUCCCUUACACAAGCCCAAUUCGGUUAAUGUUUGUAUCACCAGUAAAAGAUAAAGAAGGUAUUGUAUAUAGUCUUAAGUCGCCAAGAUCUGGCUCAAAUGCAGAAACAGAGGAACCCUUUGACCCAUGCAAAUCGCCAUCCUGGGCAGAGACACCCAAGCAGAAGCAAAGCCAGAUGACUGAAUGUGCCAUACCACGUCUCAGGCCUAGUCGCAAAUCCUCUACCUCACCUUUUAAAUAUGCAGGGCCCUCAAGAAAGUCUCCUUCAAAGCGGCCGAUGCCAGAUUCUUCACCAGCCAAGCAACCUUUCUCAACUCCUAAGUCUCCUUCUCCCCCUAAGUGUGGUUCCUCAACCGUCAAGUUAUCCUUAUCACCUGAGCUUGCUCCUUCAUCACUGAAGUCGGCUUCCUCAUCAGCUGAAUUAGCAUCUUCUCCAUUUAAGCCAAGUUCUUCAUCAACUAAGUCCCUCUCGUCAUCACCCAAGUCAACAUCUGGAAAAUGUACUUCACCAAAGUCGUCCUCCCCCAAAACCGCAUCUAAGCGAUCAGGUGAAGUCACUCCACCUAAGAAUCCAUUUGGAAUGGUGAGCCGAUCACCAGGCGACUUGCAAUCAUUCCAUGAACUCACUCCCCUGAAAAGACGCCCAGGGCGGCCAAAGAAGCUGGGGCCGCAUCUGGAGCAAAAAGCGAAGAGACCAAUUGGUCGACCACGGAAACAGAAGCCUGAACACGCAGCAACAGGGACAAGCACAGCAAAUGUAUCCGUAGACACGGAGGAGAAAGUCAACAAGAACCUCAAAAUAACUGUUGUCUACGGCCGUUCAAGAAGAAACAAACGAUUAGUUUCUGAGAGUUUUGAUCAGCUCCAAACAGAAUUCAGAGAUGCUUGUCGAGCAGUAGGUCUAAAAAACGACUUGAAUGGAACACAAAACUCUAAAAUCAAUAUUGGUAAUCCCAAAAUGGGUUCACCAGAAUUUCCUGAAGGCUUAGAUAAUGCCAACCCUGUCAAAGUGGCUGCACGGGACCUGAGCAGUAAGAUUAAAUGCCAGAAAAGAGAGAAGGCCUUACCUUCUAGGAAACCAGGUAGACCAGCAAAAGUGAAAAUCUCCGGAAUCUCGGUCACUGUUACCACAGUGUCACCAAAGCAACGUAAAAUAUUGAUUGAGAAGAAUGCUCCUGAUAAACAAAAGAACAAGAAAGCACUCUUGCCAGAAUUUCAAAGUUCUAAAGAGUCCAAAAGAGUUAGGUGUCCACCAAUUAGCAAAAACUCGCAACCGGAGGAACAAAGAGAAUGCGAGCGUAAAAAGAGUAACCAAGUCCUCAGUCAUCCUUCAGCUGUGCGUCAUUCAAAAAGAGUGAUCAAACCCUCAAUCUAUUUCUUGCAUGCCAUUGCCAGCUCCACAAAUCGAACAUAUAGUCACAGUAAUGCUCUGUUACGGCGCUCCAAACAACUUCUGCUGAACAAGGCCUGCAAUCAAAGAAAACAAGAAAAAGAGAACAGAGUCGAACAUUCGGCAGUGAAAAGGCACCGUUGCGAACAUGAGAAGAAGAACAUCUCUCGGGAUCUCGCUCGAGUAGCAGGUGUUUCUUUAGACUCCAUUUUUGCUCCAAAGGAGACACUACGCUGGUGGGCCGCAUCAGCUGAACAAGAAACCUUGGACCAAGAACUUGCCAGACGCAUUCAGCUCAUGUCGGACACCUGGGUCUCAGAUGCGGCGGAGAACCAGAGGGAAGACUUCCCGUUCAAAAUAAACACUGAACAAACUGGGUCAUCCGUUGCCAAGACCGAACAUUCUUCAGUGGUUCAAACACUCUUCAACUGCCCUCCGACUGAACCACGAUCCUGUAGCAUGCGGCAGAUCAGCUCCUGGUUUAUGGAGACCACAGAGACACAGUCGCUGGCUAUCGUCAAGAGGAAAAGCUCUCGCAAUCGUUAUGAAGUGAUGCACUUCCCUCGCGCCGUUAACAAACAAGGUGUCAAGUGCCAAAGUCCUCAGGCAGAAAGACUUCGCAGACAUCUCAAGAAAUUUGCCAGAACAUUGCCAAAGAGCCCUGCCCAACUUGAAAAGGCUCAAAAAAGAUUGAGGAAAAUGAAAGACGCUCAAUCAAUUCAUAAUAUUAGGCAUCGACUCUUGGUUCACAAGAGUGAAAGGGCUAUCUUCAGUCAAGGAACUAGAAGACGGCAGCGCUUAGGCAAAUACCAGGCCACACUACUUCGGGCAAGGAGACGCUUCCUGACCCAAAAAGAAAGGAAGUGGACAAAGAAGGAAAUAAAUGCACAAGUGAGUCCAUGUAAGCCAAAAGUAGCAAUUGGACUUCAACCAAAACUGGAAGUAUUGAAGUCGCUAAAAGAUGACUUUUUGGAAGGUUCUGAGAACAGUUCUGAAUCCCAAUCCAAGGAGCCUGUGGGUACACCAAAAGAGCAAAACAUCUGCUCUCAAGCCUGGAGUCCUGAGACCCUGAAGGAAUGCCGGGUAUUUCUGAAAAAGAUCAACUAUCAGCAGAGACAUACAGACAACAUAUCAGCAGAGGAGUGGCACUCUUGUACCGUGACACUGGAUAAGUCUGCCUCGGCAUUUGUGUUUGCUGGAAAGAACAGACAACUGGUAGAAGUCGUUAAAGCUGUGAAAAAAAACCGCCACACAAAUGGCACAGAUUCCGCAUGUGAAUCAGUCCAGAAGCUGGAUGAAAUGCCUUUGAGGAGGCAGAAGGGCAAACGUCCUGGCCUUGUGUCUGCUGAAGCGCCACCAGCUAAAAAGUUGAGACAAUCGCGGAUGAAGGGCUUAAGUGGGCCGAGGUGGUGCGACUUUGUGCUCGGAAGCUAGAUGACGCACAAGGCCUCCAUCCUUCGUGGGAAACCAACUGUGGCGUUUUGUGGUGCCUUUGGACACUGAGCUGAAUGUGUGGACUGACCGUUACACGAUGGUUCAGUCUUUCCCUCAGCAAUUAUGUAGCAGUCUAACUUAAGAAAAGCUUGAUGUUGCACUAUUUUUAUAUGUAGGGAUUUGACUUUUUGAUAAAUACCCUUGUCUUUGAUAAAAAAACAAAAAAACAAAAAAAAACAUGCCUUGUCUGAAGAGCUGUCUGUAAGACAAAUGUCGACUGUAAUAAGACAGCACUGUGCCCUAGAAAUAAGACUUCGUCACGACUGCCUCUUCCACCCAGCAAACAAAUUUUGGACAGUGAAAUAAUUGAUUGUACAGUUUAAACGUCGACGGCGGAUUGCAACUUGGGAACUACAAUUCCUCUGUAAUUAGCCGCUGGUCUUGCCAACAAACACAAUUAGCACAAACAUACUUAAUGAAGGUAUUGGCAUCAUGUAGGUUUUUUUUUUUUUAUUGCAUAUUUUGUCAUUUUCUCCCAAACAAAGCAUUUAUUGUCACAAAUGGGACAUUUCUUGCACUGUCCCGUUUGAGAUUUGGAGGCCCGCUUUUUAGAUUCUUCCCCCAUGUUUUGCACAUUCUUUUCCACUACCAACACCUACUGAACAACAAGAGAAUUGUAUGUGGUGCAAUACAGACCCAGAUUUUUUUUUUUUUCUAUCAGUAUCUACUCAGUAUUUUAUUACUGACAUAUGUAUGUACACGAGCUGGGAUGUCACUUCAGUUGUUACCGUAUUGAGGUGUACAAGGUGACUAGGCGAGGGUGGACAUUGGAAUUAGAACUAAAUUUCUUAGACUGAGUAAAAUGAUUUUAAUACAAUGUAUGAAGCCCCGUCUGAAUGCUCUGAGCUUCUUUUUCAAUGCCAGUGUUGAGGAGAAUAAAAUUUUCAGGAGCAGUUGUCCACGUUGUUCAACUUGUAGCCAUCUCUUAUCCAUGAUUCGAUGGCAAGUAGUUGGGAUUAGAUUAACUGGCCCGAGUUUGACAAAUUCGUAGUGAUGUAUUCCCAGCCCUGAAUGUGACAGUUUUAGAUCCCAAACUAAAGCAGAAAAAUAAUUAAUCAUAGCAUUAAUGAAUGUUCCAGGAUUAUAUCCUAUUUAAAUGCAGUUGAGAGAUGUUGGAUUUUCAAGCUCCUGGUUUUUUUUUUUUUUUUUGCCUUCUGUUUGCAGCAUGAGACCUCUUAUGAGGUCCACUGUCUUUUUCCUCCAAGAUGUAUGAAUGCUGAUUUAACACUAAUCUUGGAUGAAACUCAAAUUUGUCCUUCCCCUUUAUGUAGCGAGUGACUUUAUCCAAGAUUUUUUCUUUUAUAUCUAUUUUUUUUACUAUAUCUCUGUGCAGAAACAGUGUGUGCCUGACUACCCAUGUAUUUAUGACACUGCGGUCACAUUUUAGGGUGGUGACCCGUUUUGGGGGGCAAAUAACCCGCUCCAAAAUGAUCUGGUGCUAAACUUCUGUUGUAUUUUUUUUCUUGUGGUUUUGUACUGUCCUUUAAAGAUACAACUGCAGCUGUAUUUGGAGGAAUAAAGAUGGUUUUUUUCCCC